AUGGCCCCCGCGGGGAGGAAGCACUCGGCGAAGUCGCUGAGGGCGGACGUGGACGACCAGUACUGGGGGGUGUGCACGCGGGGCGGGGGAGGGGAACACGACGACGGGGUGGGCCCGCAGUGGGGGGUGGCGCAGUCUCAGGGUGUGGGAGAGGCCAACUGCCGGGCUGCCAUCCCAAAGGCCUGGGGAAAGACUUUGGUAAUUGAUAAGCGUAGGAAGAAGAGAAGGUCUUCCCCAGAAAUAACAGAAGAGGAUUUGGGGGGUGAAGUACAAAAUAUGUUGGAAAGAUUUGGAGCGGACAUUAACAAGGCUCUUCUUGCAAAGAGAAAAAGAUUAGAAAUGUAUACCAAAGCUUCUCUCAACAGCAGUAAUCAGAAAAUUGAAAAUAUUUGGAAAACACAGCAAGAACAAAGGCAGAAGCUUAGUGAAGACUAUAAUCAGCAGUUUCUGACUUGCUUUCAUCAGUGGGAGCUAGAUAUACAGAAAAAUAAGGAACAAGAAGAAAAACUAGUUAAUGUAUUUCGACAUCAACAAAAGGUUUUUCAGCAAUCUAGAAUUGUUCAGAGCCAGAGACUGAAAACACUUAAACAGUUAUAUGAGCAGUUUGUAAAGAGUAUGGAGGAAAUGGAGAAGAAUAAUGAAACACUUAUUAAUGGUGCACAAAGUGAACUAAGAAAAGAAAUGGCUAUGUUACAGAAAAAAAUUAUGAUGGAUACUCAGCAGCAAGAGAUGGCAAGUGUUCGAAAGUCUCUUCAAUCCAUGUUAAUCUGA